GCGGUCCGGGUCGGACCCAGCGCAGGACCCGCCCGCCCGCCAGACACGGAGCGCUGCUGCCUCGUCUGCGGGGACCUGGCAGAGAGGACCCCUCCAGACCCCGAGGCCAAGGACCGGGAGGAGCGUCCUGGACCGGCCACCGCUGGGAACCAACCCAACAGGACAGGGCUCCCGAGGGGGCACCGCUCAGGACGCCCUGCUCUGGCUGCUGCUCAGGUCACUGCCUCUCUGCUUCUGUCUAACAAGGUGACUUAGGCAAUGAAAACACAGCCUCCUGGAUGACUGCAGACAGUAUUUCCUGUGCAUCCUGAUCAAGCGAAACAAAUGCGCUGCGAUGGUGACAUGAACCACGAGCUGAGACUGGAGCAGUAGCCGCACCCCAUCUUUUCUCUUCUCCUUUCCUUUUUGAUGGUGCUUCUACUGGACCAGUCCGAGGAGAGCGCAACAUGAGUUUUGUCAGGAAGCUCCGCAGACACUUCCAGAGGACGGUUGUCCUGCUCGCCACGUUCUGCACGGUGAGCAUCGUCCUCUCCGCUUAUUACCUGUACACGGGCUACAGGCAGGACAGCGACCUGUCAGAGGGGGCUGCAGCGGGGGCCUGCGGGGACGUGCAGCACCCGCCGCGGAGGCCGACGGCCGCGGACACCAGGCGGCUUCCCCGGGCCUCGAGCGCAGACCCCACGGUCCUGGUGUUCGUGGAGAGCCAGUACUCACCGCUCGGGCAGGACAUCGUCACCAUCCUGGAGUCCAGCCGCUUCCAGUACCACACGGAAAUCGCUGCCGGAAAGGGCGAUCUCCCAGCACUGACGGAAAAAACGAAGGGCAAAUACAUCCUCAUCAUUUAUGAGAACAUUUUAAAGUACAUCAAUAUGGACUCUUGGAAUCGAAGCCUCUUAGAUAAAUACUGUGUGGAAUACAGCGUGGGCGUCAUUGGGUUCCACAGAGCGGGGGACAGGAGCACCCAGAGCUUCCCGGGGAGAGGGUUCCCCUUUUCCGCACAUGGGAACCUGGCAGUGAAGGACUGUUGCAUUAAUCCCCAUUCUCCACUGCUCCACGUGACCAAAUCUUCCAAGCUCGAAAAAGGCUCUUUACCUGGAGCUGACUGGACGGUUUUUCAGAUUAACCACUCUGCCUACCAGCCAGUGAUAUUUGCCAAAGUGAAGGCCCCAGAAAACCUCCCCCCGCUCUCCAAAGGUGCUUUUUACGCCACGGUCGUCCACGACCUGGGGCUGCACGACGGCAUCCAGCGCGUGCUCUUCGGCAACAACCUGAACUUCUGGCUGCACAAGCUCAUCUUCAUCGACGCCGUGUCCUUCCUGUCGGGGGACAGGCUGACCUUGUCCUUGGACAGGCACGUCCUCGUGGACAUCGACGACAUCUUCGUGGGGAAGGAGGGGACGCGGAUGAACGUCCAGGACGUGAAGGCCCUGCUUGAUACUCAGAAUCUUUUGCGUGCACAAAUCACAAAUUUUACGUUCAACCUGGGAUUUUCAGGGAAAUUUUACCACACAGGCACGGAGGACGAGGACGCGGGCGACGACCUCCUGCUGCGCUCGGCGGCCGAGUUCUGGUGGUUCCCGCACAUGUGGAGCCACAUGCAGCCCCACCUCUUCCACAACGAGUCAGCCCUGAUGGAGCAGAUGGCUCUCAACAAAAAGUUUGCCCUAGAGCGCGGAAUCCCCACGGACAUGGGCUACGCUGUGGCCCCGCACCACUCGGGCGUGUACCCGGUCCACGGCCAGCUGUACGAGGCCUGGAAGAAGGUCUGGGGCAUCCAGGUCACCAGCACCGAGGAGUACCCGCACCUGAAACCUGCGCGGCACCGGAGGGGCUUCAUCCACAGAAACAUCAUGGUUCUCCCAAGACAAACCUGUGGGCUUUUCACUCACACAAUUUUCUACAAAGAGUACCCCGGAGGCCCAAAGGAGCUGGACAAGAGCAUCCAGGGAGGAGAACUUUUCUUCACUGUGGUCCUCAACCCGAUCAGCAUUUUCAUGACCCACCUGUCCAACUACGGGAAUGACCGCCUGGGCUCGUACACCUUCCUGAACCUGGCCAACUUCGUGCAGAGCUGGACCCACCUGAAGCUGCAGACACUGCCCCCAGUGCAGCUGGCCCACAAGUACUUCGAGCUCUUUCCUGAUCAAAAAGACCCUCUCUGGCAGAAUCCUUGUGAUGACAAACGCCACAGAGACAUUUGGUCCAAAGAAAAAACCUGUGAGCGCUUACCAAAGUUCUUGGUGAUAGGACCCCAGAAGACUGGCACCACUGCUUUGUAUCUGUUCCUGGUUAUGCAUCCUUCCAUCCUUAGUAACCCCCCCAGCCCCAAAACCCUUGAGGAGGUACAGUUCUUUAAUAGAAAUAACUACCACAGGGGGAUUGAUUGGUAUAUGGAUUUCUUCCCGGUCCCCUCCAAUGUCACCACUGACUUUCUGUUUGAGAAGAGUGCCAAUUACUUCCACUCAGAGGAGGCACCAAGGAGAGCAGCUUCUCUGCUCCCGAAAGCCAAGAUCAUCACUAUCCUCACUGACCCGGCGGACCGAGCCUAUUCCUGGUACCAGCAUCAGCGAUCGCAUGAAGACCCUGUGGCUCUCAAGUUCAGCUUCUACCAAGUGAUCUCCGCAGGGCCCCGUGCCCCUGCCGAGCUCCGAGCCUUGCAGAGGAGGUGUUUGGUCCCAGGGUGGUACGCCAGCCACAUCGAGAGAUGGCUUGUUUACUUCCCCCCGUUUCAGUUGCUAAUUAUUGAUGGGCAACAGCUAAGAACGGAUCCUGCUACAGUGAUGGAUGAAGUCCAGAAGUUUCUAGGAGUCUCUCGUCAUUAUAAUUACUCAGAAGCUUUAACGUUUGACUCUCAUAAAGGUUUCUGGUGUCAAUUACUGGAAGAAGGUAAAACAAAAUGCCUUGGAAAGAGCAAAGGAAGAAAAUACCCGCCAAUGGGCCCUGAUAGCAGGGCCUUCCUCUCCAGCUACUAUCGAGACCACAACGCGGAGCUGUCCAAGCUGCUGCACAGGCUGGGGCAACCCCUGCCGGCCUGGCUGAGACAGGAGCUGCAGAAAGUGAGGUAGCACUGGGGAAACAUCUUGAGACUCCACGUUCCAUGCAACACCCACCUUUCCAAAGCUUCCAGAAGCUACCAAAAGGCUGUUUAAAAAUAUACCUCUUCAAAUGAGAAAACCAAGAACCAAGUUCCUUCCAUGUGCUGGCACGUGGAUGAUUAGGAAUAAAGGAAAGAAAACCUGUCUGUCGGAAGCCUUGGGGCCUCUGCCGUUUCCUUACCCCACAUUGAGCCUGUGGGAUUUCGUGGACUGCUGGGCACUCACGUUGAAGCCAACAGCACCCAAUACAGAUGCCAAACAUGAACGCAGACCUGCUCCACUUCACAGCACCAGUCACACUUCUGCGUAUCAGCUAAGAGCGUGUUUCUGUAGGUUCUAGACCACUGUUUGCCUGUACAAUGUUUCUUAUUCUUUGAGUCUAUAAAGUGUCCUACAAAACGAGAAGCAGCAUAAACAUCACAAGGCAGCAUAAAAUGGCGAAGGCAGAACACUUGUGAGAAACGCUUGCCAAAAUAUUAGCCCACUGAAGUAUCUAGAAAUAACUGUAAAUUACAAGUUAUGCCAGGUCAGAGUGGAAAAAUUAUGUCUGAACUUUAUCUGCAUUAAAAAAAGAUAACUGCUAUAGCAAAAAAAAAAGUGAUUUUUCAAACACAUAGUCUAGUGCAUUUAUGUAAAAAUUACUAACUCCUCUAUCAUAAUGUCAUUGUUACACUGCUGUAAAGCCAUUGGAUGGUAAAUAGAAGUACGCUGAGUAUUUCAAGUCAGUAAAUAACAACAUAAAGUGUGCUGACUAGCUCCUCCGAAGGGGAGAAAUUGUACGGGUCUGAAGAUGUAUCAUUGACAACUUGUGUCUGCUUUCUUGGAGCUGCACAUCUCCAGUAGUCCUUGCUGGUUCUAAAGAAACGCUUGCACAAAAUCUGAGUUGUGUGUCAUCUCCAGAAACAGAUUGACUUUUAACUGUGAAUAACUUUUUUUUUAACAUUCCCCAGAACAAAACCUAUUAAAUGAAAAUGAAGAACAGUUUCUCUAGAUAUGUUAGGCUAUUUACGUUUAAAUUUUAGAAAGGCUACAUUUUUCCAAAUAGUUCAAAACAAAGUUGUAUAAUGUAGAGAUUUAUAACAAAAAAACAAAUUAAUAUAUGAUUGUUAAUCUGAUAUUUGCAAUGAUGCUUUUAAUACAAGGUAGAAAAAAAUAGGGCCGAGUCCCAUUUUUUUAGAACAUUUCAUACAUCACUCUCGUGGAAGACCAUGGAACAUAGUUAAAUUUAUGGUUGUCUACUAAAUUAAAUGGGAGAAGUACAAAGAUGAGCCAGGCACAGUUCUUAAAAUAUAUUUACACUUAAAUUUCAAGUGAUUAUAUUAUUAACAACAUAUUCAAAAAUGAGAAGGUCAUACCUAUUUUCCUGUGUUUGCAUUUACUUAAUUUUUAAGCUUCUCUACAGAUAUAAAACUUAAGUAGUAAAUAAAUUCCCUGUGAUGGCUAUACGAGUAUAAGCCUUUAUAAAAUGUUAUUGAAAGUAUGAUUAGAAAAAAAAAAAAAGAUAUGCAAGGAAAACCUAAAGCCAACUAUUUUCGUUGUUGUCAUGUGUGAAACUAUAGCAGUCACUCACUGGUUAUACAACAAAUUUUGAGAUCCUUCCACUUGCUAUAAAUUUUUUAAAUUACAUUAUAAUUAUUAAUUAAAUUGUUUUUAAAGUUUUAUGUCCCCAAAUGAUACACAAAUUUUUAAACAAACAAGCUAUUGGCAGAAAGAAUUGCAGAAAGAACCAAUUUUUAAAACUCCUAGCUGUAAAAGCAAAAUCAAGGGCAUUUGGAAAAUGGCAAACUCAGUCUCCACGCUUGCCGCUGCCUUUCUCAAAGCAGUGCAUGCCCAGAAAAAUGCAUACAGUGAAUUUAAGAAAAUUGGCUUAAGACGGACAAACACAGUGGGAAUAGGCCCCAACAACAUCAUGUUUUCAUUUUGACAAUAUUUCUACUGAUAAAAGGAAAAAAAAAGAA